AUGUCUGCUGCCAGCUGUCUGCUGACUGAAGAUCAGUUUCUGUGCUCCAUCUGUCUGGAUGUGUUCACUGAUCCAGUCAGCACACCAUGUGGACACAACUUCUGUAAAAAGUGCAUCACUGAUCACUGGAAUAUUGAUCUUCCCUUUCAGUGUCCCAACUGUAAAAAGGGUUUUAGCACGAAACCUGAGCUAGAAGUCAAUACUUUCAUCUCUGAGAUGGCUGCUCAGUUCAGAGAGUCAGCUCAACAGGAAGCCAACAGCAGCAGCUCAGAGCAACAAGUGUCCAAACCAAAAGAAGUUCCCUCUGAUGUCUACUCAGGAACCAAAAGAAGGACCUGGAUGUUUUUCCUGCUGUGUCUAAUGUGUAUCUUCAUAGCCUGGAUGGUUUCAGACCAAAAGAAACAUGUUGUUGGUCCUCUGAAAGAAGAAUAUGGUCCUCUGAAAGAAGAAUAUGAAGCAAAGAAAGCUGAGCUGUGGAAGACAGGGGCUGAAAUUCUGCAGAUGAUCCAGAAGAGACGACUGAAGAUUCAGGAGAUAAAACACUCGGUGGAGCUCAGUGAUGAAGAUGCUGACAGAGAGAUAGCAGAAGGUGUUCAGAUCUUCACUGCUCUGAAGGAGUCUGUUGAGAGAAGCCUGGCCGAGCUCAUCAAGACGAUAAAAGAGAAGCAGAGAACGACAAAGCAACCAGCUGAAGGCUUCAUCACAGAGCUGGAACAAGAAAUCUCUGAGCUGCAGAAGAGAAGCACUGAGGUGGAGCAGCUCUUACAGUCUGAAGACCACCUCCACCUCCUCCAGAGCUUCACCUCCCUGAAUGCUGUUCCACCCACCAAGGACUGGACAGAAGUCAACGUCCGUCCACCUUCAUAUGAGGGGUUUGUGAGGAGAGCUGUGACUCAACUAGAGGAGAUGCUCAGUGAACAGAUGAAGAAACUGUUAUCUGAGUCUGAUCUGAAGAGGGUCCAGCAGUAUGAAGUGGAUGUGACUUUUGAUCCUGAUACAGCACAUCCUAGACUCAUCCUGUCUGAUGAUGGAAAACAAGUUAAACAUGGUGAUGUGUUGAUGAUUUUCCCAGACAAUCCAGAGAGAUUUUCAGAUGAUAUUUGUGUUUUAGCAAAGCAGAGUUUCUCUUCAGGAAGAUUUUAUUUCGAGGUUCAGGGUAAAGGGAUGACUGAGUGGGUUUUAGGAGUGGUCAGAGAGUCGGUCAACUGGGAGGGAGAAAUCACACGGAGCCCUCAGGAUGGUUACUGGACGAUAUGGUUGGUGAAUGACAAUGAGUAUGAAGAUCUUGAUGACACUUUAUUCUAUCUCUCUCUGAACUCUCGGCCUCAGAAGGUGGGGGUGUUUGUGGAUUAUGAUGAGGGUCUUGUCUCCUUUUAUGACGUUGAUGCUGCAGCUCUUAUCUACUCCUUUACUGGCUGCUCCUUCACUGAGAAACUCUACCCAUACUUCAGUCCCAGUCCUAAUGACAGUGGUAAAAACUCUGCCCCUCUGAUCAUCUCUCCUGUCAGCAAAUAA